AGCCAUUGAAGUUUCAUCACAAAACAUAGCAAGAACUCAAAUCACUACAUAACUCAAACAAACCCCUUCAAGCUUUGUUCAAAAUCUCAAUCAUGUCGAACAACUGCGGAAGCUGCGACUGUGCUGACAAGACCCAGUGCGUGAAGAAGGGUUCCAGCUACACCUUCGAGACUCAGGAGAGCUACAAGGAGGCCAUGAUCAUGGACGUUGGUGCAGAGGAGAACGACGCAAAUUGCAAGUGCAAGUGCGGAUCCACCUGCAGCUGCACCAACUGCACUUGCUGCCCCAAUUAAAAAAAGCUCCUUUUUUUUUUAUCAAAAUGUAAAAUGUAAUAUGAAUAAAAUAUGAUGUGAGCUAAUCUAUUGAGCUCAUAUCUCUCUUAUGUAUGACUCUCGUAUGGUGUGAUGUAAUGGGUUAUGUGUUAUGAGCCUUAGCUUUU